GUGAAACUAUAUAUCUUUUUACAUUUCCUUGUAGUAACCGUCUUUCAUUUAUAUCCUCCAGAUCUAAGUACACAAAUAUUCUAAUCCUCACCCAAACCCACCAAAAACCGUCAUUAAAUCCCCAUCACCCUUUCUCUCUCCUCACUUCACUCUCUCUCCGAGCACGAUGCAGUACAACAACCUCGGCCGAUCAGGUCUCAAAGUAAGCCAGUUAUCCUACGGAGCAUGGGUAAGCUUCGGAAACCAACUCGACGUCAAAGAAGCCAAGUCACUCCUCCAAUGUUGCCGUGAUCACGGCGUCAACUUCUUCGACAACGCCGAAAUCUACGCCAACGGCCGAGCCGAAGAGAUCAUGGGACAAUCCAUCCGUGAACUCGGCUGGAAACGCUCUGACAUCGUUGUUUCGACUAAGAUCUUCUGGGGCGGUCAGGGUCCCAACGACAAGGGACUUUCGCGGAAGCAUAUCGUGGAAGGCACGCGCGCUUCGCUUAAGCGCCUUGAUAUGGAGUAUGUGGAUGUUAUCUACUGUCACCGGCCUGAUGUUAGUACUCCGAUUGAAGAAACGGUUAGAGCUAUGAAUCAUGUGAUUGAUAAUGGAUGGGCGUUUUAUUGGGGGACCAGUGAGUGGUCGUCGCAGCAGAUUACCGAGGCUUGGUCGGUUGCGAAUCGGUUGGACUUGGUUGGACCGAUUGUUGAACAGCCUGAGUAUAACCUCUUGAACAGGCACAAGGUUGAGACUGAGUAUCUUCCACUGUAUUCUACAUAUGGAUUGGGUCUCACCACUUGGAGCCCACUUGGAUCUGGAGUGCUCACUGGAAAGUACAAGAAAGGAGUUAUUCCCUCAGAUAGCCGUUUUGCUUUGGAGAAUUACAAAAAUCUUGCAUCUCGAUCACUGGUUGAUGAUGUGCUAAAAAAGGUUGAUGGCUUAAAGCCGAUAGCAGAUGAAUUGGGUGUGCCAUUAGCACAACUCUCAAUUGCGUGGUGUGCUGCCAAUCCUAAUGUUUCGUCAGUUAUUUGUGGUGCUACCAAAGAGUCUCAGAUUCAAGAGAACAUGAAGGCUAUUAAUGUCAUUCCACUACUGACUCCUGCUGUGAUGGAGAAGAUUGAGGCUGUUGUUCAAACCAAACCAAAGCGCCCUGAUUCAUAUAGAUGAGUUUAAGGGUUUUCAUAUGAUACACGACAUAUAUGUGCAUUCAAUGGGUGGUUUCAUGAUCCCAUUUCAUGGGAUUGCAACUUUAUGUGAAAGUUGAUUGUUGUUACUGAUGUUUACUCUGGUACUGAAUAUGCCUUUUCAAUUUUGGGUUUGAAUUUUCCCAAUGGGUUUUAGGAGCAAUAUACUCCAAUGAUUUAUAACUUGGGUUUAUUUUCCUCCCUAAUUGAUAUAUGCUUAUGGUUUUGAUA